CAGAGAUAGUUAAAAAUUAAUAUGCAAAAAACAAAACGCCGUACUGCGUGUCAAAUAUACAGUAACAUGUUAUAUUACCUGUUUUUUAUUAAAAUGACAAAGUCUUAAGCUAAUGAAUAGAAAUUCUACGUAUUCUUUAUGAGUUACAUGAACUCACGUAGUGCUUUCAGUCCUUAUCGACGAGCAAAUAAAAACAAGAGUCAUUCAGUUUGAGCACGUGACUCUUGAUUAACACAUUCAAAUAUCAGUAAACACAUUUGAAUACAGGUUAUAAUAUUUCUUACAAGCGUCCCUUAGAUUCUUUAGAUUCUUCAGAUUAGUAAAUCUACAUAUAAUUAAUCUGAACAAGACCAUCUCAGUAGACCGUUACCAGUAGGUAUGAUAAAGGCAUUCUCAAGUUUUUUUAAUGCCCUUGAACAUUACCUUACCAAGCGUCGCAAUAAAUAUGUGUUUAAUGUUUUCGUUUAUAGAGCAAGGUAAAUAGAGUUACGAGGAAAUACUACAAAAAAGUGUAAAGUAUGACGUAAGCAAAUGAUAAACAUAAUUUAUUAAGGACUGAUAAAGUUUUUCUGAUCGAAAAGAGUUUAAAACAGCUUACAGCACGUGAAUAAUAUGAAAAGAAUCUGUAUUAUAUCGCGUGUCUAAGAUGUUAGGAGUUUCAACGUGGGAAAUCUGGCACGAGAUCACUGUGUGAAUCACACAAAUAAAAUGCCAAAUUACUAUGGGGACGGUUUGACGAAACCCUGUAUCAUAGUUAAUGAAAGACAAGAGUUUAUUGUUAUGUACUAAGCCAUCUGCUAGGCAAUUGUGAGUCGCUGAUUAUAGAGCUAUGAAUCCCAUGAGAAAUAGGUUGUUUCUUGUUACAUAUCCAAAUAAGGCUGACCUGGGCCAGUAGGCUUAGUGCAAUUGCACGCGUACUCACGUAUGCGUCUACAGACGUACACAGCUUAAGUGAGUAAUGACUUUCAUCGUCUGGUAUGGCAACGUCGCAGCUACGCAUUCGAUGAACGUAUCAUAGCGUUUCACUAAUAAAUGUGUGUUUGUAAAUAAAUCAAAAUAUUACAAACCAAUAUUUUGUUAAGUUUCUGUAACAAUAUUUAUACUAGCAUAAGUAACGACACUUGUCAUCCAAUAACACCCAACCGCAGAUUACUUACAAACCCAACUUUCGGAAUCUGUUUAUUGAGGUCACUGCGAGUUUUUCAUGGUUCGCUACGCCAGUGCCAGAAAAACCAAAUGAACUCGAUUUGUUUUGUCGAGACUUUUCACUUCCCUUCGAAAGACAUGCGGAUGACUUGUAUUUUAGGAAGAUGACUCUUUUUGUUACUGGUAGUUUAUUGCCAAAAAUCCGUUCUAUUACAAAAUAGUGUAACAACAUCACGACUAGUGUCCAGGCGUGCCUCAUUUGAUGACGCGCACACCUACAUGCGUGGCCGCGAGCCGCCGUAAGGUCGCGGCUGGCGAUGUGUGCCAGCACCACAAUGCCAGACAAUUAACCUAUUAAAGAGUGCUCUGCGAAGCGGACACCGAUGGAGCAAUAACCCGACAAGUCCCGCCGCUAACGUGUUAACCGAUACUUUGAUUAUACCUUUCCUAGUUUCCUUUUUGGACGUUUAUAUCCUGAAAUAAAGAUGCAGAAAAUUCGUAACAUGAUUCAACGGUAUUUGUAAAGCUUAUUAUGGACAUGAGAAUGAUAUUUGAUGUUCUGGUACGCGGAAUAAUGGGCUUUAUUAGUACCUAAGCAGUUUUUAUAAAUAAUAUUCCAACAAGUUAGGUUCUUCCGUGCAAAGUCAUAUAGAAUCUUCAAGAUCAUUCUAUAAAAACUAAGUCAAUAAUGCACAAAGCGGCGACGUCCAUCACGCGAUUCAAGUCUGAUAAACACAAGGUAAGACAUAGAGUAUAAUGUGGAAUUAUGGAGCUAAUGAGGAAAAAACCCGCUACGAGCGGUGCGGGCAGCAGACACUGCGGGGGAGUGCGGGGCGCGGCUUUCUCUGCGGCACAGUCGACCGAUAUAAAGAGCGCCUCGCGAUGGAACACUUCGGCAUUCGGUGAACAGCCGUCUCGCCCGCAACGCCUGUUCCUUCCAUGGUUCCCUGUAUUGUUUUGGCUUGCUGCUUUUAUUGACCAAUUUUUGUGAUUGUCACUAAUACAAUAACAUAUAUGAUUAGAUAGUUAUUUAUAGGUAAAUGGUUUAACCAUCUGCAAAUUGUAUCAUGUCAAGGUCGUUGGUUUCAUUGUGUCUUCUGAUGAAGGUCGGACAGUGCGCCUCGGUUAGACCGGAAAAUAGGUGUACACAAGGAAGUCCGUCGUCAGUUUUUCAAGGCAUUAUUGAAAUGUCGCCUUUUCGAUAAGUUUGUAGGUGCUUUAUCAGACUUUGCAAGACAGCUGUAGAAAUCUUCCAAUUACGUCAUUCCGUAUGCGUAACGGCAGUUUUCAGAUGGAUUCUUUUCAUAUUUCAGUUUGUUGUAGAGUAUUUCUUUAUUGUGUAUUGCUUGCCCAUCGUGCGCAACGGCUGUUGGUUACCUAAUUUCACAGCAAGCGGUGAGCGGUGCACAGACUUGCGAAGUGAGAGGCCGUCACAACCGGUCCGCUCGGCUUGCUCGAUCAAAGAUAUACACAGCUACGUCGCAGAUUGUGUUCUCGGCUGAAUUGGUUUAUAUUCAUGCGUUUAUAUAGUCAUAUGUAGACAUAAUAGCUCCAUAGUUUUUAGAAAACCGUUCAGAAAACCUUCAAUAUAAAUACUACAUGUAUUACAAUUCCACGGGACAAACCCGGACGCAAAACCAGCGGUCGUGUGCCCCAGCCUCGAGUUAACGUGUUGUAUCUUAUUGACGUAACAUCGCAGAGGUGGCACUGUGCGUUCGAGGCAAAUUGGACUUUAAAUAUAGCUAGCUGUUGGUACAAUAUUAGUUCCACUGAUGUCGGCAUACGUCAGCGGUGUACGAUAAUAAAUGGUUCACUUCAACACGAAUCGUAGCGGGAAAUGCACGCGACUGGCUUGUGAUCGCCACCAUGUUAAUUGCUUACCGACUUGUUAUUUUCUUUACUUCAUGAUUUAUGAUAAUGCGUAUUAGCAAUAAUAAUUACUAUGUUGUUUACAGUUUAACCUUGAACCGGGAAAUUUCUGGACUAGAUUGGCAUUCUAAAGCAAGAAUAUAUAUUCUUGAUGAGAAAUGAAAAACUUUUGAGUUUUUGUUUAUUGGCUAAUGGCUAUGCAGCCUUAAAUGUUGAAUGCAAUUAAGUAUAAACAACGUACAGGAAAAUUGUUAAUUAUGGCUACUUCAGUUUUGUUUUGAAGCCAUCAAUGAAAAAUAACUAAUAACAAACCAAAUAAUAUAUGCGAGUUAGUUGUUAGGCGACUUCUAAUACCAAAAAAGUAUCUAGUAUCUAUCAAAAAAUAAGGGAUCGUGAGAAAUCUAGGGCUAUUUAUAAAUAAACAAAUGAAUUUUAACGUUCCAGAAGUUGACAUGUUGAUAAACAUUGUUCUGUUUAAACAAGAUGUUUUCCGUUUUAAUGUUACAAACAAGAACUGUGUCUUUUAAGACAGGAAAAUGUUAAAUUUGCGUAUGGAGAACAGAGAAUUUGGCAAUGCGUCUGCGGAAGAAAUUGUUCUAACACAAUUUACUAACGGUAAUAGUCACUUUCAUCGCAGCAGACACAUUUAAAGGCGAAGUGAGUGGCCAGUUAUUCGUGAGGUUUCUACGAUACUAUUUGCAUAUUCGCCGACUUUCUAAUGGACGAUGCGGCCGUUCUUGUCGCAAUCGUCGGCAGCGGUGAGGUAACACCGAUUCAUUUAAUUAUAUACUUAUGUUGAAAAAACAGUGUUCGAGUCUCGCGCAUUGUUGCCAUUGAACAGUGUUGUGUGUGCCAGUCUAGCUUGGGUUUUUUCGCUCGUUCGGCGCACGCUCAUUGGCCGCGGCUGACUUAUUAAAAAGUCGCGUUCGAGAACCAGAAUACCUUGUCUUUACGUUUAUUCGAUCGAUUAUGAUUAAAGCAAAGCGGCUACGGAAACUUACUGGCAACAUCGAAACAAAUAAUUAACAGCUUUGCAGUUUUCUGUCCCAACAAGUAAAUACCUUUAGCCGCUGAUAACGGUUGCGAAAAUUUUGCGGUCAUACUAAAUCAAAGGUUGUAGAUAAAUAGGUAAAUUCUAUUUUACGUAAAGCUUCCAUUGCGGUGAAUGAACUAUGUUAAUUAUUUGCUCGUGGUAAAUGAUUAGAUUAGUACACCCGACCCAGGCCACUUGAACGUGUAUUUUGUUAUCGCAACUUCCUACACUAAAGAUACCGUUGAUUACGUCAAAGUCUGAGAUUAAUGUGUGUUAAAGUGACAAAAUACAUAUUUUCAAUGUUAGAUACGAUAAAACAAUAAAGUCCAUUAAAUAUUGCUAUAAAAUGUGAGUUGCAUUGUGCAUAAAUAUCACGAGCGUUGCGGUUGACGGGUGGGUCUUAGCAAGGAUUCAUUCUGGUGCCGUUCUCCUUCGCGGCGGCCGCUCGCGACCUUCCGUCAGAGGAGGGGCACCUCUCACCGGCGACGUGACUGCAACCACGGCCUUACGUCGCGAGGCUGUAUCGAAACCUCUACGUAACGAAGCUCUUUCCAGCGGCGGUUACUCAACGCCCGAUAGUUCCGUCGAUACAUACCUACAUACACCUUACUGUAUAAACCACCAACAGAUCACGUGAUUACCUUGCGUAACUAAAUAUUGCCGGCACACCUUUUGAUACAACGUGAAAUACAUAGAAAUCUUUCAUUAUUGAGACACAUAAUAAUGGCGAAACUAUUACUGCAAUUACGAAAUCAGAAUUACAUUAUCAUACUUUCUGAUGUUUUAUGCACACACGUCAGUAUUUAUUAUAAUAAUAAUAUAACGGAGUAUAUGCGGCGGCUUGAAAACAAAAUGAAUGUCGAUGGUAAUACUGGUUAAGCGGUAAGAAUGAAAACAUGAUUCUAGAGAUCGUUUCAUCCAAAACAAUGGUAAGUAAAAGGCGAAUGGAUGUUCCCACUGCAAGUAAGACCAUCCUAUUGUAUAUAAGUAGAGUUACUUUUACUAUUUUACAGAAAAAUAACAUAUUGUUACAUUUUAAAAACACAUUCACCAACAUUCGUAGACGCGAUGCUAUCAAAGGAAUCGCUGAUUGAAUUAAACAACAUACAUAUUUAGGGUCAUUAGCAUUGUUGUUUUUCACACUUAAUGUUUUGACGUUCCGCACACAAUAACAAGACUAGAUAAAAAUAAGGAAUCUAAAUUUUAAAUGAUAGGAUAAAAAAGUACAUGUUCUUGUACAUAAAUCCUUUUUCAAUAAGCCUUUGAGUUCGAAAUCACAAACUGUUUACAGAGCAGUUUGUGAUUCGAUAGUUUAUGUCAAUCCGGUACAUUUGAUUGACGACACAAUUUCUUGGCAAGCGUAGUCGUCAACUUGUCUAAGGAGCAGGUCAAAACCCAAAAUACAUUGUUAGGAACAGAAGAACGCCCAUACAACGCAUUAUUUAGACUUGACAACAUCUAUUUCUUAUCGUCGUACCAGUCUUUAAAAAAACAGAAGUAUGAAAUGGGGGUAUUUUCAUAGACGACAUACUUGAAUUAAAAUUUAACAGCAGUAAAAAAUCUUUAAUUGUAGAACAAUUAAUUAGAAAAUAGAGCAAGAAGAUUAUUUGCACGAUUCUAUUGGAAUUUAAAUUCCUUCUGAAUCGUAUAAUAAAAACAAAUUCAUAACAGGCAACAGCGGAGUUAAGCAUCAUAUUUAUGAGAUUCAACGCUUCAAAAUGUAGCAUACUGAUGCGAAAGGGUACUGACCGAGGUUAUUUCCCCCAGGACACGGCGCCAAGAAAGAGGUUAACCGGAAAAAUGAGUCAAAUCAGUUCAAAAGUUAGAUAACAUCUUUAUAAUCGUUUUCGCAUGAUGGUUUGUUACCUUAAGCCUAGGUUACACUGUGCGAGCUAGCAUGCGAGCUGACCGUGUCAGUUACUGAGGUGCAAUAGCUCGCACUGUGUGACCGCAUCAUACGAGUAACUGUUAUGUGCGAGUGGGACAGUUGCUCGCAAGCGAGUUACUUCAACAUUUUUUGUUUUUACUCGCAACUGGCCUUCCCCCACCACGCCACUCGCACGUCGCUCGGUCGUCAACUCGCAUGAUUUCGCGAAAUGACAGUAGCUCGUACGCUCGGGCCCACGCCGCCGAUGCAGUGUUUUUGUAGGUUUCUUGCGUUGACAUCAAAAUGGCGGAAAGGUGGACAUCCGAUCAAAAUAUAAAGUUUGUGGAGCUAUACAAGAAUCAAACGAACUUAUGGAAUUGUUUGGAUCCUAAUUACAAGAACAGAGAUUUGCGUAAAGCGUCGUUAGAACACAUCCGCUUGGAAUGCAAUUUACAAAACAUGAAUGAAGUUACAAAAAAAAUCAAAAAUUUACGCUCAACGUAUAACCAGGAGUUAUUGAAAAUUGAAAAGAGCAAAAAAAGUGGAUCUGGAACUGAUGAGAUCUAUAAACCAUCUAUCAAAUGGUUCGAUUCUAUGGAUUAUAUUAUGAAAAUAAUUAAUCUUAAAGAAAAGGAAACAUCAAGUAAUUUGGAACCAUAUCAUCCAUCAACGUCAGGAAGCAACGUCGCAUCAGCGUCAGGAAGCGAGGAGGCCACGAAUAACGUGGACCUUGAUGCUAGUGACAAUAGCAACAAAGCUGCUCAUAUAAAAGUGGUAAAGCCACCAAAAACUGUAAAGUUAAAGACGAAAUUAUCAUCAGAACGGUCUGACAUUCAAGCAGCCGUAAAUGAACUCAAAGAACUAAAUAGUAGUUUAGUAAACGUGUCUGCCCCGAUUACAAGAGAAUUAGAAGAUGAAUGUGAUGUUAUUGGAAGACAUGUAGCACUGCAGCUGAAACAGUUAUCUUCGAUUGAUAGAAUUGAUGCGACAGAUGAAAUACAGGCGAUACUCUCUAGAUACCGUAAGAGAGCCCUCUGUGGUAGAAUUGUGUACACACCUUCUAAUUACAGUUCCGAAUGUACGCCAUCACCACAGCCUACAGUAAAUUAUGAAAUGUCUGCACUCUCUAUGCAAGUGGAACAAUCUUCACAAUCUAUACUCCAUAAUGAAUGUACGCUAUCACCACAGCCUGUAUCCUACCAGGUUGUAGAGGUCGCUACUGAAGCUAAUCAACCUGUUGAACCUACAACAUCUGCAUUCUCAGCGCCACUGCUGGAUCAAUUUGAAUCUAUACCCCAAUCUAAUGAUGUACUUGCUGCAGCAAUAUCAAUCUGUAAUAUUAAAAAAUAACGAAGUAAGCUAUGUAGUACUGUAGUUAUUAAGUAUUAAUAUGUAAAGUUCACGUUUAAUAUGUACAAAAACUUUACAAAACCAUUGUGAAUUUGAUUAUGAAUAAAAAAAAUACUUACUUUGAUAUAAUCUUUUAGACUUUCAUUGAUAGCAGCACACACUUCUGGUAUUAUUUUAAUGAUGGAUGCUUUUGAAACUCUGAAAAAUACCGACAAUAGUCUAUACGAUAUCCCAGAAGAAAGGUAUACUAGGGUUAUUUCCAACUUCACCCUCGCAGGUAUCGCAUCCCUCAUUAGUGUAUCAUCACGUUGAAUUUUUGGAGCAAUCAAAUUUAAAAGUAUUUCCACUUGUUCCGUUGUCAAUCUCAUAACCGCUUUAUAUUCUCGGGGAUCUUCAUCAUAUAGCUCUUUAAAUAUUGAAUUCGUUGCCCCUUUUCUUUGCAGCCAAGUCCUGACCCAAACACUUCUCUUCUUCUUCUUUUUUUGUAUAGCUCUUUCAAUUUCAACACAAAGUAUUUUCGUAACUGCUUUUAUAGUGGUAUGCACUGUGAUUAAACGUGUAUUUUGCGACAACAUUGCACGAGACAUGAUACAGACGAACUAUGCGAGUACACUGGUGCAGUAGCUGUCUUCCUGCGACGCCAGCAGUUCGCAUAGUGUGACCGAGCGAGGCGAGUCGAGCUACUGUCAUACGAGUACACAUGCACAGUAGCUGUCUACUGUCAUAUCAGCUGCUCGCACUGUGUAACCUAUCCUUUAAUUACGAGGAUAGACUUGUCGAACAUGACACCGUUAAAUUAUUUUUAUGUAUAAUUAAAUUUCAACUAUUAUACAGUACUUACUUCAAGGCAGUCGAAACUGUCGAUGCAGUAUCUGACGCACAAUAUAACGACGAGACCAGAUAAUGUCGCAAGUAUUUAGAUCAAGGUGCGAAACACGCGUUCGAGAGUCGAGAUCGGAUCCGAGGAAUUUUUGUUGAAGAUCACGCUCGCGCUCAUGUUGAAGCGCAUAAAUUCAUUAUAAAAACCAAAGCGCAAUAUACACCAGUAGAAAUUAAUGUUAAAUACAAGAAAUUCACAAACGCGUCAAUUGAAUAAUGAACGGAAAUACAUUUUACAUACAAUCAAAUAGGAAAUGCUCACCCGGGACGAGUUUAAAUUGUAUAACGUUUACUUUCCAAGAAGAAAAUCAAUCCUAAACCCUUUUAAAAUUAAUCAAUGUUUUUUUAACUUUUAAAUUAACAAUCUUUCUUUACGUCAAAAAAUUCUCGUGUAUCCACUUUAGUAGAUAGGAUCAUAAAAAAUUCAUUAGAGCAACAGUUAUCCAAAUAUAUCGACUUCAAGAAGUGCGAAUGUAAAAUACACUGCAAUGCAGUCAACAAGUCUUUAUCGAUACUAGAAUACGGAAACAAAAAACCUCAGUUCAAUUUAGUCGGAGAAUAAGUUGUGUGCUAACGUUGGAUCCAGAACAAUCCAGUGGCGCCGACGCGACGUGACGCCGGCCACGCCUCCGACGCUCUGGGUUUAUAUUACGUCUGGUAGCGACGCAAUAUUGAUGUGGAAGGAACAAAAUCCAUAGUCAAGCCCUACUGACAUUUACAUUAGAUUAAGGAUCACAAGGAAUUUGCAGACUGAGACAUACGUAAAUAUACCCAUAAUACUGCGUGCUUUAAAAUUAUGGUCGAUCCGAACUUAACAAUAGGUUGAGCUAAAUGGUAAUAGCUAAGGUAGGUAUAUUAUGAGAAUUGGCCAAGUAGAACUAAAACAAAGGUGCACUGAGAAAUUAGUAAUCUUUGUUCAAACGAAGUUUGAAGAAUGGUUUCUCGCUGUCAUUUUGUAAUAUACAACUGCUAGAAUUGAUCCUUUCCGAGAUAUGCUUAAAAUUGAUUUCUUGUAUACUUCCUUUGCUACGAGAGAGAAACAAAUUAGACCAAAAUGUUUCUAGAAUAAUGACAGUUACACUACUCUUACUGUCAAAGAUAAUGUUUCCAGAAGAUAAUAAAUAUCUUGACCAGAUGUUAAUAAAGGAGCCUGUAAGUCAAAUGGCGUCGGUAUACAACACACACAAUAAAGCAGACAAAUUGACUGCGAAACCACGGUCGAUAGCCGAAUUCAAUAUGCUACCAAGUCGAGUAGGUGCGGUUUUAUUGUUUCCAAGCGGAUAUGUUCCCAACCGUAUUAUUUAGUUUACCUACCUAAGACGGGAGCAAGGGGGUUCAAAUCCUGUGAAUAAAUUUAUCAAAACCUGAUUUGCGUUGUGUAAAGCUUUACAAGUUUGACAAUAAUUGUUCUGUCUUUCAUUAUCUUUACUGUUUGUACAGUAGUCGGAUUCUUUUCCGGUAAAUGAUACUUUUCCCAUAGAAUUGGUAGAAGGAGCCAACUACCUGUUAAACUGUACGAAUUUGCUAAAGAUCAAAUUGAUCUUUAGCAAAUGCGUAUGCUGCUAUUCAGCCUAAUUUGCGUUAAGUUGUAAAAUUUUCACUCUCAGUAAACACAACCGGACACUUAGGUGCUAAUUUAUGGUAGCUGUAAGUUAUGCGAGAAAAUGAGUGAAUGGAACUGUUCGAAGGAGUACAAGACCAAAAAUGAAUUUUCAAUGAAUUCAUGUUGAACAGGAAGUCCACGGGGCAUGGCUAACUGUUGGCCUCUAGUUUAGCUAAUAAGAUUUGUUGUAUAACGGGCAUUACGACUCGAGCGGCCAACAGGGCGAAAACAAUCGCGGCCAAGACCGGUUUCUCACUAAUGCCGUAUGGUGUCCGUGUCAAAUUAAAGAUAGACUCUUAGAAUGUUAUAUGCAAAGUCAUGUUAUACGUUUUGAUAAACUUCGUAAUAGGUUUGCAAAAGAAAUAAGGCAACAUUAAGAAAUUCAAUCCGAGAAAGGAUGGUGACGUAAAUCGGCAAAAAAGAACUUUGUCAAACAAAGGGAAUGAGCUCGAGAAAAGAGAAAGCUUAAACAGCUCUCUGAUUUAUAAAUAUAUCUGUAUAAAUAAUUUUCGCUAAACAAAAUUUCCUUCAAAAUACCUAGUUUCUUGACAAAUAAUAGCGGCAACGUGAUUAAAUACUAGCUUCUUACAGACUAAUAGAAUAAAAUAUUUUCUAAUGUAAAACAGUUCUGAGUCUAGAAUUGUCCCAGCUGUUUGUUCCGAACGUCAUAGCGGAUUGUAAAUGUAGAUAUCGGUUCAAUAUCCCAUAUUUUACAUUCAAAUCGAUUGUAUGACGAUUGAGGCUUGUCUAUAGUACUGGGUUACCAUUUUCCAUGAACUGGAAACGUAUUCAGAAGUCUUGAAAUUGUACUUAUAAUAUUAUUGUUUAAAAUAUUGAAUUUGAUCAGAAAACUUGGAAUUUCAAAUAGCCCAGUACGUGUAGUGUUGACAACAGAUACAGCACGUGUCAUUAAAGUAAUGAUUUCUAAUAUUGGGGCUAUCGUUAAUGAAGGCUUAAGCAAUGCAGGUUUAGUCAGAAUUGUUACGUGUCAUACAUUCAUUAAAAUAGGUUUUGAGGUGAAGGCCACACGUCUCUCAGUAACACUGGCUUUUUUGGAACACAAAACAGUUUACAGGUCACUAAUAGGUUUACUAUUGUUUGCUCAAAUUGUUGGUCCAAUCAAUUCUUGAUUAUGUUUUAGUAUAAGGCUAUCAAAUACCUACGAUGUCUUUAAUUAAAUUAAUAGUAAUCCGACAUAUCUUAGAACAUUGCAGUGAAUCAAAAUCUUUACGAGCAGCAACGUCAUCUGUUAACUGUUAAGGUAGCACCUGUUCUUUUUUGUCGUUAAUAAUACGCGUGAUGGUUACAAAAAAUCCAAUUGUCUGGUGACUGCCGACUACUCGGAUGAAGUUUGGAAUAGUGCUACAAACGAGCGGUAACUUUUACCUGGGUUACGUAAUACUGCCAGGCACAAUUUAUUAUCGGCUCCAUUGCGAGCUUUCGUAAUAUAAGCCAGAACAGCUCACUUUAUGUCUACUUGUCCUCUUUCCGUACACCCGGACGUUUUUGGCUUCAGAAAGACUACAGUAGCACGCGAUUGACUGAAGAAUUGAGAAAUUAUUUCGACUAGAUGGAGUUACAUUCUUAUUAAAUUAUUUAAACAAUUUCUAUAUCAAGUGAAUGGUCUUGCCAUAAAAUAUAUUUACUGAAGUUGAGUGAAAGCUAAAACUGUGUGUCCAUUUUUUUACUUGUUGAUUUAAUUUAUUUUUGCAGUGACGAAAAUUACGUUUUCUAUACAGUAACACAUUAUUAGGCUAUGACUACGUGAUCGAUGCAUCUUAAAAUUUUGUAUUUUUUCCUCCUUUUUUGUUAGUAAAUGGUUUUUUUUUCUUAAUACUUCGAUUUAGAUUCGCUUAUGCUUUCAAAGUUGAACUUAUAACACAAACUUGGAGUCCAAUAUUGAAUAAGGGUUUGAAAAUAGCUGCGACGGUCUACAGACUAUUUAAAACGAACGAUUCGACCGCACUGUUACAUAUUCUAUGUGGAAUAAGACAAUAAGUAGAAUAAAAUAAAUAUAUGCUAAUGAAGUUAGUGAAGUUGGUAAUAUGUGACGGAUAUAGGCCGAAGACUAACAAGCGCAAGCAUGAUCUUUGACCUUUUAGCUCAACAAUUGAAAAGCAAACAUAAUCAACGGUAUUACAUGCUAAAAUACAAUGAAGACCGUUUAAAACUAAAGGUAACAAUAUUUUUUUAAAUCAGCAGAGUAUGUACCUUAUGCAUAUCUCAAUAAAACUACUAAUCGCAACUCUUACAAAGACAAAGAUCAUACAUGUGCGUAAUUACCUAUUUGUUAUUCAACAAUAACAGUGCAGCCAUUAUCAGCGGGUUAUAAGUACAAAUGGCCUGUGAACUGAUUCGUGGCCAUGUAUCUUAUUCCGUAGGAAUAAGGUCGGAAAUGGCAAAUAACUUGGAGCCACGGUAAGUUAGCUGCAAUGUCACAUUGCACGCAUCAUUGCAUAUAGUGAUCUCAUUCACAGCCAAAUUAAGUAAAUGCUGCAAGUAUUCUAGAUUGAGAGUUAUACUAACUUAAUUUUAUAGGUUUUUAUUCGAAGAAUCUUUAUGUUUACAUGAUAGAGGUAAUUAAUAUUAUACAGUUAUAGGGGACAAAAAAUAUGUUAAUGUAGUUCGGGUCUUGCCAAAAGGGCGUGUCUAUGAAUUUAUCAUGUUUAACAUCUUAACGACUCCUGUAACAGACACAAUUUAUCUUUUCCUCUAUUUUAAAGCUAAUAAAUGUAUUUGUUGUCAUGAUUUUUUAUUGUGUCACUCAGUUAUUAAAAUUGUCCAUGUAGCUUGAAUUACAGAUGCUGAAGAAAUUAUAUAAAGAAAUCGUGUAAAAUGAUGAUAGCUUCAGAGUAGGUCCCUGUGUUCUUAAAUGUACGUAUUCAUCACAAGUCGUUGACGGAAAACAUCUCGAGGAAACCGGCAUUACUGAGGAGAAAUUCACUGCGUUUAUUAUAAGUAGCGACAGAGGCGCCACCCAUCACUGGACAUAAACACGGCGACAUCUGGAUGUUCUUAGUGGUAAAUGUUUACGACUUCUAUAUUAGUAACUUCGGCCGCGAUAUUUAGCACAAAGAUGCGUGACUAUAACGCCACAUGUAUUAAAAAUAAACCGGACACUUUAUGAGUAAACAAACGAUCACUAACAUUGAUGUUAACUGAAAAAGUGUGGUAUUUACUAGUUUAAGUGUACAAAAGAGUAUUAUUUUCACUAGUAUAAAAGAAUGCAAUAAAUAAUACUCCGUGUUAUUUACGCAUUUGUUGACUUUAGCGUAGAAGACACAUAAGUCAGUGCAUUUGAAGUCCACUUCCUCGUUGGGCAUCGAAAGCGGUAUUAGCUAUGUAUGAUGGACACGCGGCGUCGGCGCACACGACAACUUUCCCUUCUUUAAUGGAAAAACGACAUUAAAGUGACGGCCUUACGGAUAAAACUCGAAAGGCACGAGCGUUACGCGUGGGAUACCGGCUUGACCACAAGCUCUACUUAUUCAAGGUGUAAAUGUUUAAAAAACAGUCUUUCUAAAACAACAAGUUCAAAGACUGUCCCAUUUUUCAAGAUGUUUAUCCAGGGGGAGUUUUAAAUAAUUCUAAAGAAUAUAAAGCAAAGUUUAUACAAAGACCGUUUGUUUUAUUGGAGUGAGCCAAUCCAUCACGACUUUUCGUAUAUAUUUACAUAAUUGCUGUAGCGCGGAUCACGCUAAGCCUUACCUGACAAUCAUUUCGACGAAUCAGAUGUUUGAAGCAAAGAUAAAGCGCUUGAGAUAGCAAAAUACAGCAUCAAUAGAUUCUAUAUCGAUACAAAAAACUGGUAUCUGAUCAACAGCAGAGAAUUACUGCUAUUGCAGUGUCCUUAAGAUCGAGCCGCAUUUGUGCAAAGGUUGUUGAUAAAGUGUGCCUUAAAAUCCACGUAUGUAGUAAUAAUGAUCUUCGGAGUCCAUGAAGUCGAUUGAACAAUUUUCAAUACAAAAGUGAAAGCUUGAGAAUGAUGAUCCAUAAUUUUAUUAUUAUCGAGAAAAGUAAGUCUUUAUUCUUUUCCGUCAGCAUCAUCAUUGUCAAACAUCUCUAUCAUCUCUCUAAGCACAGUCGGAAAAUAUCGGGAAACCAGUUAAAAUCUCUUUGAAAUCUAUAAUGCAUUUGCAUUGUUAUCUCUACUAUGUUACAUAGUUUCAUUGUCAUCUUCACGAAUGCACGAAAAGGGUUUUCCUAGGGAAGGAAAAUAUGUAAGUUUACUCAAUGCUUUUGCGCAGUAGUUGACUUUUAUGGAUUCAAAUCGUGGCGGCCCCAAUUACGGUCCAAGAUACGCCCAAAUCCACAUCGGCGUAUGCUCGGGUCCAAUAGCAAAAGCACGCGCUGCGAAGUGAAAGUGAAUAGCGCGCACGUACGGCCGGCGCGCAGCCCCAAUAAGACGACACCGCGCCGUCCGCAUACUUCAGCAAUUACCACGAGGAAAUCAGCACCGUUCCGCCAAGACGCUCCCAAACCCUGGCUAAAGACGCCGUCGAAGAGGCCGAAACAGUAGCUGUACCUUGUACAAGUGCGUCCCAUCUGUCUACCAUUUUGUGUUACAAGAAUUAUGAAAUUGCACAACUUUACAAAUAUGACUAAGCGAGUCAAUAUUUUCCGAUAAAAAGGAUUGUUUAUGAUGGAAUCACCCUCUAUCGUAUCAGUGGUUUCUCACGUCAUAAAAUUUCACUUUAUUACAUGGAGAUUUCAUUUUUUAAGAAACGCAUUUCCUUUCAGAAGAGUUUACCUAGACAAUACUUUAUUUUAUCUAUACGGGAUAACAAAAUUAUGUUCUUCCAGCCCUGACCCCAAGGUUCUACGGAACACAUUCUACGUACCGGCCUUAGCUAUUGAUUUUAAGGCUCCUCUACAUUUGUUUAGUUCCGGUUCGCAAUUGAUCGUCGGUCUGAGUGUUACGUGACGAUUAGUAUCGUUGUUAAACAUUGACCACAGUCCAGUCGAUUUGAUGGUUACUUUUAUUGUAUUAAAACAAGUUGCGUGUGCAUGUCUCAAAGAAAAUGGAAAGUAUCAAGAUUAUAUUUACGCGCGUAUUUACUAGUUAAAUUUUGUUAUUAGCAAAAAACAAAAGGCGGUGAUUAGUGAACAGUCAAAUGACGUCAAUUUAAACGUGCAUGUUAAUUUAUCAUAAAAAUACGUAAGUUGCGCGUCAUAAGUUAGCUAAACUUUACUUAAACUAAGUUAUCGAAAAACUAUUAGUUUACUGUAAUAAACAUUGACGCACAUCUAAAAUAACUCAAAUGAUUUCACGCAGACAAUCUGAAUAUAUAGCUGGACAAAUGCAAUCGCAUGUUUUAGAAGUAUUAGCAAUUAUCAUAUUGCAAUUUAGCGUAUUUUUUUCGGACAAGGCCUCAACAGAGUGGGCCAAGUUUAUCGCAAGACAUAAGACUUUAAAAACAAUAGGCCCGUAUUCGAGAUCUUUAUGAAGUGGACGUAGGUACAACAGGUCGUCCUUGUAGCUAGUGUAAACACUAUUGUUUGAUCACGUGGCUGCACCCAUUAUGAUCUGAUAAAGGGGUUCACGCCAACACACCUUUGUUCUAUAGUUACUUUGGUAACAAUGUCUAUCAUAGAAACGCCUAUCGUGCUUACUGAAUUUGCAUUAUUUCCAAUAAAACUCAUUUACAACGAUUUUAUCGAAGGCUUCAAAACACGUAGGUACUCGAAGUAAUUAUAGGUUUUUGAUUUUAUAUUGAAUAUAUGUAAAUAAAUUGAGUCAGUGUCACGUUUCAAGUCAAACAAGGUCCUAGGGAAGGUUAUAUGAACAAAAUCUAUAAUGAGUAAGCGAAGAAAUCGCCAAUUGGUAGCAGCUAACCUUCAGUAAGCCAGUCACGCAUUACUACAAGUUGAAUAAAAUGUGACGGGCAAGUUGAGAUGAGGAGAGACGCUGGAAGAUAGUAAUGCCAGUCAGUAACUUUAGCCUAGAAUUUAGCCCCCGCAAAAUUACGUCACUGUCGUGUUGCUAUGGUGCGACUUGGCCAUACAUUGACUAUGCUAUAUUAAUUCCAUGUAACUAGUUAAAGUACGUGGCUUACGUACAACAGUCUGAACAACGGUAUAUAUAAAUUUUAUUUUAAGGUAUGUGUCCAACACGUGAGAGUUAUCUCUAUAUCAAAACAUUUUGGACACAAACAAUAUUCGAUCCUGUUUUCAAGGACUGCAAUAAUGUUCCGUAAACCGUUGGUGAAGGUAGUGAAGUGUUGAGAGGACAACGACCUGACCGAGUCAAGACGUAUACCAACUUACAAUGUGAGGAACAUUCAAUUUUACAAUGCAGAAUUGGGUUCAAUGUACACAGUGAGGAUGAUUCAUUAGAUGCAAUGAUAACGCCGAUACUAGGGUUACUUGUUUUCAAUCGAUUUGUAUUAUGAAUUUAUGAUUCAGGCUAUGAAAUAUGCGAAUUUUAGAUAUUUUCAGGACAAAACUAGUAUCAAAAUUUUUGCAAAUUUCUAGAUUUUAGUGCUAAAAUUACUGAAAUGAUGUGUAGGAAAACCUAAGUGUUUAAUGCGCGUUUAAGACUAUCGCAAAAGGGGACAACGGCCGUCGCACCUGUGAGGUGCAAUCCACAUGUGCCCACUAGCGACUGGAACUGUUGCUAUUUUUAUACACUCCACUCUAUCUUAUUUACUAUUCUGGUCUGCGACUCAUUGAAUUGUGGUUAUUAUGUGCAAGUUGGAUAUGUGCCAGCAAGUCUCGGACUUAACACACCGAUACAGAGAUAUUCAAGGAAUGAUGGCGAAGCGUUUUCAAAGAAAAGCAUUUAUCCCGAACAUAUUCUUGGGAACAAAUAAAAAAAAGCAAAGCCAAGGUUGGCCCGUUAUUAGGUUUAACAGUUAAACAAUUUACAUAAUAUAUUCGUAAUCUUCUACACAAAAUGAUAAACGAUAUUGCUCUGUCAUAAGUGUCUAAUAUUUUUAGUUUAAUUGCUAUCAGUUGACUUAUUAUAAAGGUAGUAGUUUUGAAGCUUGACAUUUUAGAUUUCAAAUAAGGUUGUCGGGGUCGUUUACAUUCGAUACGAGCAAGUGACUCUCGACGAGCAACAAGAGAAGAGAUCACGUCAAACCGGCAGGCGAGUCGAGUGGUGGCAACAAGCAAACCGGUCGAAGGCGCCAGGCGUCGGGCGCGGGGAUCGACCGGGGAUUAACACCUUGUAAACAAAAUUGCAUUAGCCACGUUUUUUGCAAUGAAAGAACGGUUUAGAUCAUAAGUUUUAUAUUGACUGCGGAUAAUCGAACCAAACAUGGUUAUCAACGUUCUCUACUUUAAUUUUACACGGCUUUGCACAAAUUUGCUAUCCCUUCUUCACGGUAAAUAUGACGUAAUUUAUCGACGAGCCCCACGCGUCGAGUUUACGAUCAAGACGCAACCGAUUUAAGGAAAAGUAAAAUAACGGCGACUUUGGAUUGUGUACUUAUACACGUCACCGGUUGUGUUAAUUGCUUGACAGGCUUAGAGUUCGUGGUAAGGAUAAAAGGAGAGUUCUUUUGAGAACACAGACCCAUAAUCCGAUAAGAAUUUGUUUACGAAAAUAAUUUAGAGUAAAAAAGUGUAAUAGACCACCGACCGCAGCGUCAAGCAGCAAAUCGAAAUCGCCUAAGUAGGUCAUCAUAUAAUUUCGCAAGCGUAUCGAGUGCCGCAAGCGUUAACUGGUACGCUCGAGCCGAGUCAAGGCCUGUGCGACGAUGAGGCCCAGAUCCUGACUCCAUCAUUAUACAAAAGGCAUCUUCACUAUAAACAUAUCCACUUAGCAUGGUAAUCAGUUUACUUAAAACUACCACUCAAACAAGAGCGUAUUUGGUAGAGCAUAGUUAGGAAUUGGUAUAGGUGUUUUUUGCACCUGUCUUUAGAAGAUACAAGCUGUUUAUGUAACAUGUCAAUCGCAUGUUUACCCGUGACAACCAUAGCAAGAUACGCAUGUUGUUAUUAAUAAAAUAUUUCUUAAUGUACGCUUGAAACGUCAUUAGUGAUAAGGUCAUCGAAUUAUGUAAAAUGUAUACAGAUGUACGUGCAAAACAGACAAUUGUUAUAUCAGAUUUUUAUAUUGAGAAAUCAAAUGGAAUAAAAUGAUUGAAUGUAUUGGAAGCUUAUCGAAGUACGUUUUUGUUAAGCAAAAUAAAAUAGAAUGACAUCAACAAAAUCCACGUCACAUACCGUUUAUUGCGAAAAAAGAAAAUAUAAAUUGAGAAGAGGGUAAUUUGAAACCCUACACUGAACUUGACUUUUUACAAAGCGAUUGUAUAAAGAAGGAAAAUAUUCGAAGAACAAAGAAACAAUCGCGUUUAAAGGAACUGGCGGAUUCUGGGUAAUACACAAUAUUUUUUACGUAUAAAAAGCCUUAUAAAGUAAUACGGCACCGCACCUAUAUUUAACUAAGGCAGAGCAAUUAUUCGAGUACUGUAAAUUUUAUGAUACUACUAGGAUAUGUUAAGUAGAUGGAUAAACAUAAACACAGUACCGUUGUAACACUGAUAUCUAAACUUCCGUUAAAGAUAUUACUUAAAUUAGGUAAUGGAGUUUAG